CAGCUGAUGUGGAGCAGGAGUGUGCCGAGGGAUGCUGUGCGGGUUCGGGGCCGUGUGCGAGAGGAGCUCCAGCGACCCCUCCCAGGCCUCCUGUGUCUGCAAGAAAACAGCGUGUCCUGUCGUGGUGGCCCCUGUCUGUGGCUCGGAUUACUCCACCUACAGCAACGAGUGUGAGCUGGAGAAGGCUCAGUGCAACCAGCAGAGGAGGAUCAAGGUCAUCAGCAAGGGACCGUGCGGCUCCAAGGACCCCUGUGCAGAGGUGACCUGCAGUUUUGGCAGCACCUGUGUCCGCUCCACCGAUGGCCAGUCGGCCAAGUGCGUGUGCCCGUCCUCCUGCAGCGGCAUCCCCGAAAAUCCCGUGUGCGGCAGCGACGGCCGCGACUACCGCAGCGAGUGUGACCUCAACAAGCACGCCUGUGACAAGCAGGAGAACGUCUUCAAGAAGUUUGAUGGCCUCUGUGACCCCUGCAAAGGCGUCCUCAACGACAUGAACCGCGUCUGCCGGGUGAACCCCCGCACGCGGCGGGCGGAGCUGCUGCCGCGCCCCGAGAGCUGCCCGCCCAGGAGGGAGCCCGUGUGCGGGGACGACGGCGUCACCUACGACAACGAGUGCGUGAUGGGGCGCUCGGGGGCCAUCCGGGGCCUGGAGAUCCAGAAGGUGCGUUCAGGGCAGUGCCAGCAGCAGGACAAGUGCAGGGACGAGUGCAAGUUCAACGGGGUGUGCCUGAACCGCCGCGGCUCCGCGCGCUGCUCCUGCGACCGCAUCGCCUGCGACGGCGCCUUCCGGCCCGUCUGCGCCCGCGACAGCCGCACCUACGGCAACGACUGCGAGCGCCAGAAGGCAGAGUGCCACCAGAAGGCCGCCAUCCCUGUCAAGCACAGCGGACCCUGUGACCUGGGCACGCCCAGCCCCUGCCUGAGCGUGGAGUGCACCUUUGGGGCCACCUGUGUGGUGAAGAACCAGGAGCCUGUGUGUGAGUGCCAGCAGGUGUGCCAGGGCCGCUACGACCCCGUGUGCGGCACCGACAACCGCACCUACGGCAACCCCUGCGAGCUGGACUCCAUGGCCUGUGUCCUCAAGAGGGACAUCAGGGUGAAGCACAAGGGGCCCUGUGAGCGCUGCGGGAAGUGCCAGUUCGGGGCCAUCUGCGAGGCGGAGACGGGGCGCUGCGUGUGCCCCACGGAGUGCGUGCCCUCGUCCCAGCCCGUGUGCGGCACCGACGGCCGCACCUACGGCAGCGAGUGCGAGCUGCACGUCCGCGCCUGCACCCAGCAGACCAACAUCCUGGUGGCUGCCCAGGGAGACUGCAAGUCGUGUGGCAGCACGGUGUGCUCCUUUGGCAGCAGGUGCGUGGGUGGGCAGUGCGUGUGCCCGCGCUGCGAGCGCCAGCCCCCCGCCCCAGUGUGCGGCACCGACGGGCUCACCUACGACAACCAGUGCGAGCUGCACGUGGCCUCCUGCCAGCAGAAGAAGACCAUCGAGGUGGCCAGGACGGGGCCCUGUGAGGAUGAAUGUGGCUCGGGGGGCUCUGGCUCUGGGGAUGGCAGCGAGUGUGAGCAGGACCGGUGCCGGCAGUUCGGGGGCUGGUGGGACGAGGACGCCGAGGACGAUCGCUGCGUGUGUGACUUCACCUGCCUGGCCGUGCCCCGCAGCCCGGUGUGUGGCUCUGAUGGUGUCACCUACGCCAACGAGUGCGAGCUGAAGAAGACGCGGUGCGAGAAGCGCCAGGAUCUCUACGUCACUGGCCAAGGAGCCUGCCGUGCCCUUGCCACAACCCCACCACCCCUCCUGGUCGUGCACUGCAGCCAGACCAUCUACGGCUGCUGCCCAGACAACAUGACCCUGGCGCUCGGAGUGGGAGCAGCAGGAUGUCCAAGCACGUGCCAGUGCAACCCCUACGGCUCCUACGGGGGUUCCUGUGACCCGGGGACGGGGCAGUGCUCCUGCAAGCCGGGCGUGGGGGGGCUCAAGUGCGACCGCUGCGAGCCGGGCUUCUGGAACUUCCGCGGCAUCGUCACCGACAGCAAGAGCGGCUGCACCCCCUGUAACUGCGACCCCGUGGGCUCAGUGCGGGAUGACUGCGAGCAGAUGACGGGGCUGUGCUCCUGCAAGACUGGCAUCACUGGCAUGAAGUGCAACCAGUGCCCCAACGGCAGCAAACUGGGCAUGACUGGCUGCGAGAAAGACCCCUCAGCCCCAAAGUCCUGCGAGGAGAUGAGCUGCGAGUUUGGGGCCUCGUGCGUGGAGGUCAACGGCUUUGCCCACUGCGAGUGCCCGUCCCCGCUGUGCUCAGAGGCCAACAUGACCAAGGUGUGUGGCUCUGACGGCGUCACCUACGGGGACCAGUGCCAGCUGAAGACCAUCGCCUGCAGGCAGGGCCAGGUCAUCACGGUGAAGCACUUGGGGCAGUGCCACGAGUCCAUCACCCACACGAGCCACCCGUCGCCUCCCACGCCGCUGCCCACGCUGCCCUUGGACAGGCUCGUCCUCCCCCCGCCCCUGCCCCUCACCACCCAGGCUCCGCAGCCCACCGAGGUGGCCACCAGCUCCCCGCUGCUGGAAGCCAAGCCCACGGAACAGGCUCACCCCACGACGAGGCGCGUCACGACGGCCAGGCCGGCCACGACGCCCUGGGCGACCCACGGCGGGUACAAGACCACCGUGCGGCCUCUCCCCACUGCCCCCGUGGUACUGGCCACCCCCCAGCCCGCCUACGGGGAGUCAGGCAGCGCUGAGGGCAGUGGGGACCAGGAGAUGGGCGCCAGCGGGGACCAGGAAUCCAGCGGGGCCGGCUCUGCCGGGGAAGAGGAGGAGGUGGAGGAAGGCCAGGUGACGUCCACCCCGGCCGUCGAGAGGGCCACGUGUUACAACACCCCGCUGGGAUGCUGCUCCGACGGCAAGACUGCGGCUGCUGACGCCGAGGGCAGCAACUGCCCAGCUACUAAAGUCUUCCAAGGGGUCCUCAUCCUGGAGGAGGUGGAAGGCCAGGAGCUGUUCUACACCCCGGAGAUGGCUGACCCCAAGUCGGAGCUCUUCGGGGAGACGGCCCGGAGCAUUGAGAGCGCGCUGGAUGAGCUUUUCCGCAGCUCUGACGUCAAGAAGGACUUCAAGAGCAUCCGUGUGCGGGACCUGGGGCAGAGCAGCGCUGUCCGUGUCUUCGUGGAGUCCCACUUUGACCCAGCCACGUCCUACACGGCAGCCGAUAUCCAAGCGGCCCUGCUGAAGCAGAUCAAAGCUUCCAAGAAGAGGACCAUCCUGGUGAAGAAGCCCCAGCAGGAGCAUGUCAAAUUCAUGGAUUUCGACUGGAUCCCCAGGCUCUUCACCACCACCGUCACCACCACCACGGCCACCACCAUGGCCCCGGCGACCGCCACCACCCGCAGGGCCACCACGGCCGCUGCCGUCACCACGGCCCGCGGCAGGGCCGGGAGCACCCGCAGGCCCAGCUCCACCCUCCCCCCGGCCGCCAGCACCCGCAGGAAGCCCACCCGCCAACCCCCCGCCACCAGGAGACCCCCCCGGCCCUGUGACUCCCACCCCUGCCUGCACGGGGGCACCUGCGAGGACGACGGCGAGGACUUCACCUGCAGCUGCCCCGCGGGCAAGGGAGGGGCUGUCUGCGAGAAAACUAUCAGGUACUUCAUCCCCAGCUUCGGGGGCAAGUCCUACCUGGCCUUCAAGAUGAUGAAGGCGUACCACACGGUGCGCAUCGCCAUGGAGUUCCGCACCCUGGAGCUGGGGGGGCUGCUGCUCUACAACGGCCAGAACCGCGGCAAGGACUUCAUCUCCCUGGCCCUGGUGGGCGGCUUCGUGGAGCUCAGGUUUAACACGGGCUCUGGCACGGGCGUCAUCACCAGCAAGGUCCGUGUGGAGCCGGGCAAGUGGCACCAGCUGGUGGUGAACAGGAACCGGCGCAGCGGGAUGCUCUCGGUGGAUGGGGAGCCCCACGUGAGCGGGGAGAGCCCCCCGGGCACCGACGGGCUCAACCUGGACACGGACCUGUUCAUUGGGGGAGCGCCCGAUGACCAGAUGGCCGUGGUGGCAGACCACACCACGGCCACCACGGGCCUCAAGGGCUGCAUCCGCCUCCUGGACGUGAACAACCAGAUGUACGACCUGAGGGAGAAGGGCAGCGACGUCCUCUACGGCAGCGGGGUGGGCGAGUGUGGCAACGACCCCUGCCACCCCAACCCCUGCCACCACGGGGGCAUCUGCCACGUCAAGGAGGCAGAGAUGUUCCACUGCGAGUGCCUCCACACCUACACCGGGCCCACGUGCGCCGACGAGAGGAACCCCUGCGAGCCCUCGCCCUGCCACGUCUCUGCCACCUGCCUGGUGCUGCCAGAGGGAGGUGCCCUGUGUGCCUGCCCCAUGGGCCGGGAAGGAGACUUCUGCGAGCGAGUGACGGAGCAGGACCACACCAUGCCCUUCCUCCCGGAGUUCAAUGGCUUCUCCUACCUGGAGCUGAACGGGCUGCAGACCUUCAUUCCUGACCUGCAGGACAAAAUGUCCAUGGAGGUUGUGUUCCUGGCCAAGAACCCGAGUGGAAUGAUCUUCUACAAUGGCCAGAAGACAGAUGGCAAGGGGGACUUCGUGUCCCUGGCCUUGCACGACGGGUACCUGGAGUACAGAUACGACCUGGGCAAGGGGGCAGCUGUGCUCAGGAGCAAAGAGCCAGUUCCCCUCAACACCUGGACAAGCGUCCUGUUGGAGAGGAACGGGCGCAAAGGGGUCAUGAGGAUCAACAACGGCGAGAGGGUGAUGGGGGAGUCACCGAAAUCCCGUAAGGUGCCUCACACCUUCCUGAACCUGAAGGAGCCGUUUUACGUGGGAGGAGCCCCUGAUUUCAGCAAGCUGGCUCGAGCAGCUGCCAUCUCCACCAGCUUCGAGGGGGCUGUGCAGAGGAUCUCCAUCAAGGGGGUUCCCGUGCUGAAGGAGCAGAACAUCCGCAGCGCCAUCGAGAUCUCGCCGUUCCGGGGCCACCCCUGCACCCAGAAACCCAACCCCUGCCAGAACGGGGGCACCUGCAGCCCCCGGCUGGAGAGCUACGAGUGUGCCUGCCAGAGGGGCUUCUCUGGGGCCCACUGUGAGAAAGUGAUCAUCGAGAAGGCUGCUGGGGAUGCAGAGGCCAUUGCCUUUGAUGGCAGGACAUACAUGGAGUACCACAACGCCGUCACCAAGAGUGAGAAGGCCCUGCAGUCCAACCACUUCGAGCUGAGCAUCAAAACAGAGGCCACUCAGGGGCUGAUCCUGUGGAGCGGGAAGGGGCUGGAGCGCUCGGACUACAUCGCCCUGGCCAUUGUGGAUGGCUUCGUGCAGAUGACCUACGACCUGGGCUCCAAGCCAGUCGUCCUCAGAUCCACGGUCCCAGUCAACACCAACCAGUGGAUCCACAUCAAAGCCUACAGGGUACAGAGGGAAGGUUCCCUCCAGGUUGGGAACGAAGCUCCCAUUGCUGGUUCUUCUCCACUUGGUGCCACACAACUGGACACAGACGGGGCCCUGUGGCUGGGGGGGCUGGAGAAGCUGAGUGUGGCUCACAAGCUGCCCAAGGCCUACAGCACUGGCUUCGUUGGCUGCAUACGGGAUGUCCUCGUGGACCGCCAAGAACUGCACCUGGUGGAGGACGCUUUAAACAACCCCAGGAUAUUACACUGCUCGGCCAAAUAGACCCCCCCAGAGACCCUCCCUCCCUCCCUC